GUUCUGGAGCCGGAGCUCCUCGGCGACUUUCGGCCGGGCUCCUCCCGAGGGCCGGCGACCUCCCGGCACGGGAAGCUGAGCGUGGUUCGGGGGCAGGGACAGGAGCAGGAGCGGGCGAAGGGGACGGUCCCUGGACAGACCUAAGGCGACAAACUCGCGCGUCUCAGGAGACGCGGACAGGUCGAUCCCAAGCGGGAGCUCAACUUUCCGAAGAGAGACGUCCCAGCAAGCCUCUUUUGGGGAAUCCUCCAGCUUCUCACCUCCAUGGGCCAGACGGCCUUGGCAGGGGGCAGCAGCAGCACCCCCACCCCACAGCCCCUGUACCCUGACCUCUCUUGUCCCGAGGGCUUGGAGGAGCUGCUCUCUGCUCCCCCUCCUGACCUAGGGGCCCAACGGCGUCACGGCUGGAACCCCAAGGACUGCUCAGAGAACAUCGAGGUCAAGGAAGGGGGCUUGUGCUUUGAGCGGCGGCCUGUGGCCCAGAGCACUGAUGGGGUCCGGGGUAAGAGGGGCUACUCGAGAGGCCUGCACGCCUGGGAGAUCAGCUGGCCCCGGGAACAGAGAGGCACCCACGCCGUGGUGGGCGUGGCCACGGCCCUCGCCCCGCUGCAAGCUGACCACUAUGCGGCGCUGCUGGGCAGCAACAGCGAGUCGUGGGGUUGGGACAUUGGGCGGGGGAAGCUGUACCAUCAGAGCAAGGGGCCCGGGGCCCCCCGGUAUCCCCCCGGACUUCAAGGUGAGCACCUGGAGGUGCCGGAGAGGCUGCUGGUGGUUUUGGACAUGGAGGAGGGAACUCUGGGCUACGCUAUUGGGGGCACCUACCUGGGGCCAGCCUUCCGUGGACUGAAGGGCAGGACCCUCUAUCCAGCAGUAAGCGCUGUCUGGGGCCAGUGCCACGUCCGCAUCAGCUACCUGGGCGAAAGGAGAGCGGAGCCACACUCCCUUCUGCACCUGAGCCGCCUGUGUGUACGCCACGCCCUGGGGGCUACCCGGCUUGGCUACGUUUCUGCUCUGCCCUUGCCCCCUGCCAUGAAGCGCUACCUGCUCUACCAGUGACCCCUGCGAUACCUCAGAUGGUGCUGGGGCCUUGACCCCUCUCCUCCCCUGGGGGGCAGGGAAGAGGCACUGCUGACCUAGACCAGCUACUUGACUAAAGCCAGAGGCUGGGC